AUGGGUGACGAGGAUCUCCAGAAAAUUAAGGUUUUGCCGACUGAUCAGGAAAAAGAAUUCGGAUCUGUCUGGCGAAAAUGGAUCACACGUAAAAUUUCAGAGGAGAAAAGUGUCUCAAGAAAACCGAAGUGGCGUAACUUAUUAGAUUCUCAUCUAAGAAGAAAGCUUAAGAAAUCAUCAGAAUCUGAAAAUUCUUUGGAUUCAAUCGAAAAGCAAGUUGACAGUGUUAAUAAUGGAUCUGAUUUAAUCAAAAAAUCAAAUAUGUCUGAAAAUAUUGUGACUUCUUUGAAUGAUGGUGAUGAGGGAGAUGAACAUCAUGAUUACAUUCACGAAAAACUUAAAGGAAAUUUACCAAAUCCAAUAAAAAUUAUUCCUAAGUUUCACAGAACAUUCUCUCUACCGGAUGCUGGUAUGAAUUUGUCUAGUCCCAUUGUCGAAAAUGUGUAUAUUCCAACAAAGGAUUAUUGUCCAUACCUUGAUAAACCCCCUAGGAAAAAACGAAUCAACAGUGAUCCAAACGAUGUUGUUCCAAUUGUAUCCAAUGAUAUAAAGGAUGACACAAUCGUGAUUCCGGAGAAGGAUUACUGUCCUUAUCUAGACAAGGCACCACGUCCUCAAGUGAAGCAAAAUGAUUUUGAAGUCCGUAAGUGGAUAUUGAAAAAUGAAGCCGGAGAGGACGAGGAACUUCAAGUAUUCUUUCAGGAUAACACCUCCUUAAAAGAUAGGCGGGUCUCUGUAGGGAAAAACUUGGCUCCAAGAUCUAAUUCCCUUCCCGAAAUAUCUUUCACACGCGAUAAGCCACCAAAAUGGAUGGAACUUGUAGAUAUGAAAUUAGGCUUCGGAGAUUUUCCAGAUGAUAUUGAUAGCAUUGUGGAAUCUACUACAGAAACAGAAAUAACGGAAAUAAAAAAUAAACCUAAUGAGACUGUAGAUCAAGAAGUGUUCAAGCCUGCCUUAAGGUAUACCCCGUCCCAGCCAUGGUGGCUUCCAGGAAUGUUGGGUUCCCUUCGGGACACUCCAGACUUCGGAAAAUACUCACGCUUCUCCUCUUUUUCUACAUUUGCACGGUCCACCACGGCAUCAGAGAUCACCAAGGAGCCGUCAGAGGAGAACCUCCGGCGGAGGAACACAGUGGUUGUCAUACUAAUGAUCAUUGCAGUACUGGCCGCCAUUGCUGUCAUUCUUGGCAUUACGCUCUACUUUCUGUAUCAUAAAGCAAUAAUCCGAGCCCACAUAGAUUUAACCAUUCAUAAUCGUAAUUUCACUGACGCAAUGGACAACCACACAUCAUCUGAUUUCAGAAACAUAGCUGAACCUUUAUGUGAUGAGAUGGACAAAUAUUUCUUUACCAGUAAAUUCAAAUAUUUCUACCUCCAGUGCAAAGUUCAUGACCUCAAGGAUAAUGCCGGGAAAGUAGGUGUAUACUUUACAGUUGACUUUCUGGACAAUAUUUACACACAGAACGUUAAGGACAUACAGGAUGUUAUUCUGAAGAAGUCUGGACGAUUAGUAAAGGACAACGCCCUAUUCCUUGUCAUCCGGGACUUCUUGGUUUAUAUAAAGAGCUUCGGCAUACGACUGGAAAAGAUUCCUACAGACGGACCAAUCAACUUGCCCCGUAUUCCAUUCUACGCGGACAGUACUCUUACUAUUUUGAGUACGGAGAAAACACCAGCGGAUGAAAUCACAUCAUCUACGGUUAAACCAGCACCAAAAACAAGUAGAAUUCCAAAUUCACAAGCAGAAAUACUGGCCACAAGCGUGGGAACAAAUGCCACCACACCUAUGACGUUAACAACUAGUGUAGAGCCAUCUCUAAGAGUAGGCGCACUUAAAAAAGAGACAUCUACAAUUUCUACCACUACCGAGAAAUUAAGUACAGCCCAAACUCUGUCGUCAACUUCUAGUAAAGCACCAUCUUUGAGAACUGGAACGCUUGAAGUGGAUACCACUUCCACGACCACUACCACUACCAGUGCGUCCACUGCAUUACCUCCGCUGUCAACCACUAUAUAUAAUCCUAACUUUUGGGAUUUAUUAUUGAACAGAUACGGAUUAAGGGAAGGUGUCGUGGAAGAGGGUUCAUCCCUUCCAAAGCCGCCGAAGAAACCUGAUGACAAAUGUACAGAAGAACCCUGUAAGAAUAAUGCCACAUGUAUAAGUAAUGGUCCCACUCUCUAUAGCUGUAUCUGUGCAAGAGGCUGGAAGGGAAUACGCUGUGAAACAGAUGUCCAAGAGUGUUCUACAUUAGACCCUUGUCAGAAUAACGGUACCUGUCUAAAUAAUAAUGGCUCUUAUGUUUGUCAAUGUAUGGAAGGCUGGCAGGGACAACAUUGUCAAGAUGACGUGAAUGAAUGCAACAGUUCCCCUUGUCAUAACAAUGGAACGUGUAUUAACAAUGAAGGAUCAUACACGUGCAACUGUACAGAGGGCUGGAGAAACAAAAACUGUGAAGCUGACAUCAAUGAAUGUUCAGAAACCCAACCGUGUCAGAAUAAUGGCACUUGCUACAACAACGACGGCUCAUAUACCUGCAGCUGUUUAAAGGGCUGGCGGGGUCAAAACUGCCAAGAUGAUAUUGACGAAUGCGUAAUUUCCGAUCCCUGUCAAAACAACGGAACAUGUAUAAAUAAUAAUGGCUCUUACGUUUGUGAUUGCACAGAGGGUUUUAUUGGAAGGCAUUGUAUGGAAGAUAGAAACGAAUGUGAAAAACUUGGAUUGUGUGAGAACAGUGGAACCUGCCACAAUAAUAAUGGCUCUUACGUCUGUAUGUGUAUGGAGGGCUGGCAAGGACAACAUUGUGAAAAAGAUAAGGACGAAUGCAAACAAUUUCCUUGUCAAAACAACGGAACAUGCAUCAACACUGUUGGCUCAUAUAUGUGUAAUUGUACCCAAGGAUGGUCCAGUCAAGAUUGUCAGAUAGAUGUGGACGAAUGCAGAGACACAGAUAUAUGUCAGAACAAUGGAACCUGUCACAACAACAAUGGCUCCUAUACGUGUGAAUGUAUGGAGGGCUGGCAGGGCCAGCAUUGUCAGGAAGAUAUAAAUGAAUGUGAUGUUAAAGGACUGUGUGAAAAUAACGGAACAUGUGUGAACAGUGAUGGGUCUUACUCUUGUAUCUGCUCUCCAGGAUGGCAGGACAUACAUUGCCAACAAGAUGUAAAUGAGUGUAUGCAGUUUAGCCCAUGUCAAAAUAAUGGUACAUGUGAUAACAAUAAUGGUUCAUACACUUGUCAAUGUACGGAAGGCUGGGAGGGACAUGACUGUGAAAAAGAUAUUGAUGAAUGUGAAAAGUAUGGUCCCUGUCAGAAUAACGGUACUUGUAACAACAGUGCCGGCUCCUACAUAUGUAAUUGUACGAAGGGUUGGCAGGGACAUAACUGUGAUAAUGAUAUUAACGAAUGUGACGUCCUGAAUCCUUGCCUUAACAAUGGCACAUGCAAUAAUAAUAAUGGUUCUUACAAAUGUGUCUGUACAGAGGGUUGGCAGGGACAUGACUGUGAAGAAGAUGUGAAUGAGUGUAAUUUUAUCAGUCCAUGUCAUAACAAUGCAACAUGUAUUAACAACAAUGGAUCUUACAUGUGUAAUUGUACGGAGGGCUGGCAGGGACAACAUUGUGACCAAGAUAUUGAUGAAUGUAAUCUCUUUCCUUGUGAAAAUAACGGGACUUGUAUCAACAAUAAUGGCUCUUAUACAUGUAACUGUAUGGAAGGAUGGACGGAUAAAGAUUGUAUAAAUGAUAUAAAUGAAUGCGAAAAGUUUCAUCCAUGCCACCACAAUGGUACUUGUAUCAACAAUAAUGGAUCCUAUUUUUGUAACUGUAUGGAGGGCUGGCAGGGACAUGACUGUGAAAUUGAUGUUAACGAAUGUGAACAAUUUAGUCCAUGUCAAAACAAUGCUACAUGUUUAAACAAUAAUGGGUCAUAUACAUGUGAUUGUACGGAAGGCUGGCAGGGACAUGAUUGUGAUAAAGACAUCGACGAAUGCAUUGAGUUUAGUCCAUGCCAUAACAACGCAACAUGUAUAAAUAACAAUGGGUCCUUCGUAUGUAAUUGUACACAAGGCUGGCAGGGACAACAUUGUGACCAAGAUAUUGAUGAAUGUGAUUAUUAUCCCUGUGAGAACAACGGGACUUGUAUCAACAAUAAUGGAUCUUAUACAUGUAACUGUACAACUGGGUGGACAGAUAAACACUGCAAUGAGGAUGUAAAUGAAUGUGACCAGUUUAGUCCAUGUCAAAACAAUGGCACAUGCUUUAACAAUAACGGUUCCUACAUAUGUGAGUGUAUGGAGGGCUGGCGGGGAAAUGACUGCGAAAACGAUGUUGACGAAUGUGCAGUAUUUAUGCCAUGUAGCAACAAUGCAACAUGUGUAAAUAACAAUGGAUCUUACGUAUGCAAUUGUACAGAGGGCUGGCAGGGACAUGACUGUGAAGAGGACGUUGACGAGUGUAAAAUAUUCUUGCCAUGUGCCAACAAUGCAACGUGUAUGAAUAACAAUGGUUCCUAUAUCUGUAAAUGUACGGAGGGUUGGCAAGGACAGCACUGUGACCAAGAUGUUGAUGAGUGCAAUUUUAUCAGUCUAUGUCACAACAAUGCAACAUGUAUUAACAACAAUGGAUCCUACGUAUGUAAUUGUACGGAGGGAUGGCAGGGACAACAUUGUGAUCAAGAUAUUAAUGAAUGUAAUUCCUCUCCUUGUGAGAAUAAUGGAACUUGUAUCAACAAUAAUGGAUCUUAUACAUGUAACUGUAGUGAUGGAUGGACAGAUAAAGACUGCAGAGAAGAUGUAAAUGAAUGUGACCAAUUCAACCCAUGUCAGAACAAUGGAACAUGUCAUAACAAUAACGGUUCCUACACAUGUGACUGUAUGGAAGGCUGGCAGGGACAUAAUUGUGAAGACGAUAUUAAUGAAUGUACAACGAUAAGUCCAUGCAACAACAAUGCAACUUGUGUAAAUAACAAUGGGUCUUAUGUAUGCAAUUGUACAAAGGGCUGGCAGGGACACGACUGUGAAGAGGAUAUUAAUGAAUGUAAUUUCUCUCCCUGUGAGAACAAUGGAACUUGUAUUAACAAUAAUGGAUCUUAUACAUGUAACUGUACAGAUGGAUGGACAGACAAAGACUGCAGAGAAGAUGUAAAUGAAUGCGACCAAUUCAACCCAUGUCAGAACAAUGGAACAUGUCAUAACAAUAAUGGCUCCUAUACAUGUGAUUGUAUGGAAGGCUGGCAGGGACAUGACUGUCAAGACGAUAUUGACGAAUGUUCAAUGUUUAUGCCAUGUAACAACAAUGCAACAUGUGUAAAUAACAAUGGAUCAUACAUAUGCAAUUGUACGGAGGGUUGGCAGGGACAUGACUGUGAAGAGGAUAUUGAUGAAUGUAAUUACUCUCCCUGUGAGAAUAAUGGAACUUGUAUCAACAAUAAUGGAUCUUAUACAUGUAACUGUACAGAUGGAUGGACAGAUAAAGACUGCAGAGAAGAUAUUGACGAAUGUAAAACGUUCGUUCCAUGUAACAACAAUGCAACAUGUGUAAACAACAAUGGAUCAUACGUAUGCAAUUGUACGGAAGGUUGGCAGGGACAUGACUGUGAAGAAGACGUUGACGAGUGUAAAAUAUUCUUGCCAUGCGAUAACAAUGCCACAUGUGUGAAUAACAAUGGCUCCUAUAUCUGUAAAUGUAUGAAGGGCUGGCAAGGACAUCACUGUGACUUAGACAUUGAUGAAUGUUAUUUCUUACCCUGUGAGAACAACGGAACUUGUAUCAACAAUAAUGGGUCUUACACAUGUAACUGUACUGAUGGAUGGACAAAUAAAGAUUGCAAAGCGGAUGUAAAUGAAUGUGUGCAGUUUAGUCCGUGCAAAAACAAUGGUACUUGUAAAAACAAUAAUGGCUCCUACACAUGUGACUGCACGGAGGGUUGGCAGGGACAGGACUGCGAUACAGAUAUUGACGAAUGUAAAACUUUCUUCCCAUGUUACAACAAUGCAACAUGUGUAAAUAACAAUGGAUCAUAUGUGUGCAAUUGUACGGAAGGCUGGCAAGGACAACACUGUGAAGAAGAUGUUGACGAGUGUGAAAUAUUAUUUCCUUGUGAUAACAAUGCAACAUGUAUUAACAACAAUGGAUCCUACAUAUGUAAUUGUAAGGAGGGCUGGCAGGGACAACAUUGUGACAACGAUAUUGAUGAAUGUAAUUUCUCUCCCUGUGAGAACAAUGGAACUUGUAUCAACAAUAAUGGAUCUUAUAUAUGUAACUGUACAACUGGAUGGACAGAUAAUGACUGCAAUGAAGAUGUAAAUGAAUGUCAGCUGUUUAGACCAUGCCAAAACAAUGGAACAUGUAAUAACAAUAACGGCUCCUACACAUGUGAUUGUAUAGAAGGCUGGCAGGGACACGACUGUCAAGAAGAUAUUGACGAAUGUAAAAUGUCCUUUCCAUGUUAUAACAAUGCAACAUGUAUAAAUAACAAUGGAUCUUACGUCUGCAAUUGUACGGAAGGCUGGCAGGGACAUGAUUGUGAAAAGGAUGUCAAUGAAUGCAAUUUCUCUCCCUGUGAGAACAAUGGAACUUGUAUCAACAAUAACGGGUCUUAUACAUGUAAUUGUUUGGAAGGAUGGACGGAUAAAGACUGCAGAGAAGAUGUCGAUGAAUGUACGACGACAAUGCCUUGUUUAAAUAAUGGGACCUGCAUCAACAAUAAUGGAUCAUACGAUUGUAAUUGUUCCUUGGGAUGGGAAGGAUACAACUGCAAGAAAGAUGUAAAUGAAUGCAAUGAAAUUCCAUGUGAAAAUAAUGGAACUUGCAUAAACAACGAAGGGUCAUUUACCUGUGAAUGUGUAAAUGGAUGGAAAGGAAAAAUAUGUCAUAUAGAUGAAGACGAGUGUGAGUUGUAUUCCCCUUGUGAUCAUGGUUUCUGUAUUAAUACAAAUGGCUCCUAUGUUUGUGACUGUGAUGAUGGAUGGCAAGGGCGAAACUGUACAGAAGACGCCAAUGAGUGUCAGCUUAUUGGAGUAUGUGAAAAUGGCGGAAGCUGUUUGAAUACUAACGGAUCAUAUGCCUGUCGAUGUACGGAGGGAUGGGAGGGUCAACAUUGUGAAAACGACAUUAAUGAAUGUAAUGUGACACAGCCAUGUCAGAACAAUGGGACCUGUGACAACACAUAUGGCUCCUACAUCUGUAAUUGUCAACAAGGCUGGCAGGGUAAAAAUUGCCAUAAAGAUGUCAAUGAAUGUAAUAUUGAACCAUGUGAAAACAACGGCACAUGUCACAACAAUAACGGAUCGUACACAUGUAAAUGUAUGGAGGCCUAUCAGGGCCAACAUUGUGAAGAUGAUGUUGAUGAAUGCAUUGUAAAGGAACCGUGUGAAAACAAUGGAACCUGCAUUAACAGUUUUGGAUCUUACGAGUGCAUUUGUGAAAAUGGGUGGCUAGGAAAACAGUGUGAAACAGAUGUAGAUGAAUGUGUUGUUAACCCUCCAUGCCAGAACAACGGUACAUGUAUUAACAAUAAUGGUUCUUACACAUGUAUAUGUACAAAUGCAUGGGAAGAUAAAAAUUGUCAAACAGAUGUGGAUGAAUGCAGUCGAUAUUCUCCAUGUCAACAUAACGGAACCUGUUUAAACAAUGAAGGGUCAUAUUCCUGCGAUUGCAGAGCAGGAUGGGAAGGAUUUCAUUGUGAAAAUGACACAGACGAAUGCUCUUUUGUGCCUUGUCUUCAUAACGGAACCUGUAUCAACACAGAUGGAUCAUAUUUUUGUAACUGCACAGAUGGAUGGCAAAACAAAGACUGUGAAGAAGAUUUCGAUGAAUGUGCUGUGCUUGAUCCAUGUCAGAACAAUGGUAUAUGUCACAACAAUGAAGGCUCCUAUACGUGUGAAUGUAUGGAGGGCUGGCAGGGAUAUAAUUGUGAACAAGACGAAAAUGAAUGUGAAUACGAACCAUGUCAAAAUAAUGGAACGUGUCUAAACGUCAGAGGAUCAUAUGGCUGCAUUUGUACAAAAGGGUGGAUAGGACAACACUGUCUUGAAGAUGUAAAUGAAUGUUUGACUGAAGAGAUUUGUCAGAAUAACGGAACAUGCAUAAAUAAUAAUGGUUCAUACACAUGUCUAUGUACGGAUGGCUGGUUAGGACAGCAUUGUGAUGACGAUGCAGAUGAAUGUGCAGUUGAUCCUUGUUUAAAUAAUGGAACGUGUGUAAACAACUUUGGCUCAUACGAAUGUAAAUGCUCUCAAAGAUGGCAAGGCGGUAACUGUGAAAUAGAUGUAGAUGAGUGUUUGAAAUCUCCAUGUCAGAACAAUGGUACCUGCUUUAACACCGAGGGUUCUUAUUUCUGUAAUUGCACAGAGGGAUGGACAAACCAUGACUGUGAAAAAGAUGUUAAUGAGUGUGAUGAUAGCACAAUAUGUCAAAAUAACGGAACGUGUUCGAACACUGAGGGCUCCUACGUGUGUGGCUGUAUGGAAGGUUGGCAGGGACAGCAUUGUGAAACAGAUACAAAUGAAUGUAUUGUAAACCCAUGUGAAAAUAAUGGAACAUGUAUAAACACUAUGGGAUCGUAUAUCUGUAAUUGUGAGGAUGGCUGGCAAGAUCAAAACUGCGGAACUGAUGUUGAUGAAUGCAUUGAAUAUAGUCCAUGCCAGAAUAAUGGCACAUGUAUAAACAAUGAUGGAUCUUAUGUAUGCAACUGUACGGAAGGCUGGCAGGGACAACAUUGUCAAGAAGAUGAGGAUGAAUGUCUUCGAGCACCUUGUCAGCACAAUGGUACAUGCACAAACAGCAUUGGGUCCUACACGUGCACAUGUGAAGACGGAUGGGAAGAUAAAGAUUGCAAAGAAGAUCGAGAUGAAUGUUUGGAUUUACCAUGUCAAAAUAAUGGUACCUGUAUGAACACUUAUGGUUCUUACACGUGCUCCUGCUCAGAGGGUUGGGAAAGCCAUGACUGCGAAAAAGAUGUAAAUGAAUGCAGUGUGUUUGAACCAUGUCAGAAUAAUGGAACUUGCAUCAACAAUGAUGGAUCUUACAUUUGUACAUGUGAGAAGGGAUGGAGAGACAAGCACUGUGAUGCAGAUAUAAACGAAUGCACGGAAUUAGAACCUUGUACCAACAAUGGAACAUGUUACAACAAUGCAGGGUCAUACACUUGUGAUUGCAAAAAGGGAUGGAUGGGACAACAUUGCGAUACUGACAUCGAUGAAUGUCAGCUAUACCCCUGUGAAAAUAAUGGCACCUGCAUUAAUUCAAUGGGGUCUUACGGGUGCAACUGUACGGAUGGGUGGCAAGGACAAGAUUGUCAUAUUGAUUUGGAUGAGUGCAGUUCAUACUCCCCAUGUGAGAACAACGGUACAUGUAUCAACGAUGAUGGAUCUUAUACUUGUGUCUGCAAGAAAGGCUGGAGUGGGAAACAUUGUGAUAUAGAUGUUGAUGAGUGUUUGAUGUCUCCGUGUAAAAAUAACGGUACAUGUCAUAACACUGAAGGAUCCUAUUUCUGUGAGUGUACGGAGGGCUGGCAGGGAAAACAUUGUGAUGGCGAUAAUGAUGAGUGUGCCUCUUUUCCGUGCCUUAAUAAUGGCACAUGUGUUAACAAUGUAGGAUCAUAUUCAUGUGAAUGUGUAAAGGGGUGGAUUGGAGAAGUUUGUGAAAUAGAUGAUAACGAAUGCAAAGCCGCAGGUGGAUCUCCUUGCCAACAUAACGGCACUUGUAUCAAUACACUUGGUUCAUACAAGUGUGACUGUAUAGAAGGCUGGCAAGAUCAAAAUUGUGAAAAUGAUAUAAACGAAUGUGAUGUGAAUGACCCCUGUCAAAAUAAUGCUACUUGUAUCAACAACGAUGGCUCCUAUAAUUGUGACUGUGUAAAGGGUUGGAGGGGUCAGAAUUGUGAAAAUGAUAUCGACGAAUGCCUAGAAAAUGCCCCUUGUCAGAAUAAUGGGACCUGUUUGAAUAAUGAGGGAUCGUAUGCAUGUAAUUGUACGGCGGGCUGGCAGGGACAACACUGUAAUGAAGACGUGAAUGAAUGUACGGUAAAGGACCCUUGUCAGAAUAAUGGGAUAUGUACUAAUAACGAGGGUUCAUAUUUAUGUACUUGUACAACAGGAUGGACAGGGAUACACUGCCAAAAAGAUGUGGAUGAAUGCACUCAAUUCCAACCUUGUCAAAAUAAUGGAACUUGUGUGAACAACGAUGGUUCUUACAUGUGUGAAUGCAUGCCAGGUUGGACAGGGCAUGAUUGUGAAACUGAUGUGGAUGAAUGUAGCAAUUCCCCAUGUAGACAUAACGGUACAUGUAUCAAUGACCUAGGAUCAUACUUUUGUAAUUGUACGAAAGGCUGGUCAGGACAGAAUUGUCAAACAGACGUCAAUGAAUGUGAAUCGUCUCCCUGUCAGAAUAAUGGCACCUGUAUUAACACCGUGGGUUCCUACAUGUGCGACUGUGACGUCGGGUGGCAAAGUAAAGACUGCAAAAUCGACGUUGAUGAGUGUAUGAACUCCCCAUGCCACAAUAAUGGAACGUGCAUUAACAAUGAAGGAUCGUAUACGUGUUCUUGUGCUCCGGGAUGGAUGGGACCCAAUUGUGAAAACGAUAUGAACGAGUGCGAAGUUUCACCAUGCCAGAAUAAUGGAACCUGCCAUAAUAAUCAAGGGUCCUACAAAUGUGAUUGUACAAGAGGAUGGCAGGGCAAAGACUGCAACACAGACGUUAAUGAAUGUGACAAUUCCCCGUGUCAAAAUGGCGGCAGCUGUAUAAACAGUGCAGGCUCUUAUGCAUGCGACUGUACGGAGGGCUGGGAGGGACAAAACUGUGAAAAAGAUAUUAACGAAUGUGAUGACAUGCCAUGUGAGCACAAUGGAACAUGUAUAAAUACCCUGGGAUCUUAUGAUUGUGAUUGUAAGACAGGCUGGACAGGACAAAACUGCAUGACAGACGUCAAUGAGUGUGAUAAUUCCCCUUGCCAGAAUGGUGGAACAUGUAUCAACAAUAAUGGGUCAUACUACUGUAUUUGUACAAAGGGAUGGAUGAGCAGCAAAACAGAUUGUGAAUCAGAUGUGAAUGAGUGCCUUGAUAACCCAUGCCAACAUAAUGGAACUUGCAUAAACAACCAGGGAUCGUACGACUGCGCAUGUACAGAUGGUUGGCAUGGUGAAGACUGCAAACAAGACCGUGAUGAAUGUGCAAAUUCUCCUUGUCAAAACGGUGGAAUUUGUUUGAAUACCGCCGGAUCAUACACGUGUAACUGUACUGAGGGUUGGGAGGGAGACGAAUGCCAGAAUGAUAAGAAUGAAUGCCUUUCUUCACCUUGUCAAAACAAUGGAACGUGCAUCAACAAUCUCGGCUCCUAUAAAUGUGACUGUAACAAUGGAUGGACAGGGAAAGACUGCAGAGAAGAUGUCAAUGAAUGCAAUAAUGACCCCUGUAACAAUGGAGGAAUCUGUAUAAACACGGGCGGAUCCUAUAAAUGUAACUGUACCGAGGGGUGGCAGGGAUAUGACUGCGAGGAAGAUAAAAAUGAAUGUGAAAAUUCGCCAUGUCAACAUAACGGCACAUGUGCCAAUUUACUGGGAUCAUACCAUUGCCAUUGUACGGAAGGCUGGCAGGGAAAACAAUGUGACAAAGACGUUGAUGAAUGUCUUACCUCUCCCUGUCUAAAUGGCGGUACGUGUCUUAACAAUGAAGGGUCAUUCACAUGUGACUGUGAAAAAGGAUGGCAGGGACUUGAUUGCUCAGAAAACAAAAAUGAGUGUGAGAUAUCUUCGCCUUGUCUUAAUGGCGGGACGUGUGUAGAUACAGAGGGUUCAUAUAAAUGUAAAUGUGUGGUCGGAUGGACAGGACAGGAUUGUCAGACAGAUGUGAAUGAAUGUAACCAGUUUCCCUGCCAAAAUGGCGGCACAUGUAACAACAAUGAGGGGUCGUUUACAUGUACGUGCAGGGAAGGAUGGACGGGUGCCACUUGUGAAACAGAUGUUAACGAAUGUGCAACGAACAACCCCUGUGUAAAUAACGGAACGUGUUCGAAUACUCGGGGCUCCUACAGAUGUUCUUGUACUGCAGGGUGGACUGGAAAACACUGCGAUAAAGACAAAAAUGAGUGUUUGACCCUACCUUGUGCUAAUGGAGGAACGUGUAUCAAUAACGAGGGUUCCUACUCCUGUCAGUGUGAGAAAGGAUGGACUGGUAAAGACUGUCUGCAAGAUAUCAAUGAGUGUUUGUCAUCCCCUUGUAAGAACGGUGGAACAUGUCAAAACACUCAGGGUUCAUUCAAAUGUCAGUGUGAGAGAGGCUGGGAGUCACCAGACUGUAAUAAAGAUGUCAAUGAAUGUGAGAACAAUCCUUGUGAAAAUGGCGGGGUCUGCACAAACACUGAAGGAUCUUAUAAAUGUACCUGUGCUGCAGGAUGGACAGGGGCUAAUUGUAAAACAGAUAUUGACGAAUGUAAACUCAACAACCCAUGUGAAAAUGGUGGUGUUUGUCAGAAUAAUGAAGGAUCUUUCAUGUGUCAGUGUACGGAGGGAUGGACAGGCCAGACAUGUGGAGAAGAUGUAGACGAAUGUAUUGAGAAUCCAUGCAGCCAUGGUGCGUGUGUUAAUCAGCCAGGAUCUUACAUGUGUGACUGUAAGCCCGGGUGGACUGAUAAACAUUGUGAGACAGAUGUUGAUGAGUGCCUGUCUAAACCAUGCCAGAAUGGUGGAUCGUGCCGAAAUACCAUUGGUUCGUAUGAAUGCAAGUGUACAGACCCCUGGUUUGGACGUAAUUGUGAAAGCGCCAUGUUUGCAACCUCUGCACGUAAACAAAUGGGAACCAAGAAUGUGGACAUCAUGUGUGAUUUAAGAAAUGUUGAAGAAUGGAAGCAUUUUGAUGUUGUGAGAAACAACGUACCUGUUAUCCGUGUUAAUCACAAUGGCAGAGUUCAGUCGAGAUUUAAUCGGAGAAAGGUGAUUGUAAAACCCAACAUAGAUGGACCUAAUGCUCAAAUCAAUAUGAGAUUUGCCACCUUCCGUUGUCAAGACGAGGGACGGUAUACCUGUGUGAUAGAUAAGGAACAACCUGAGGAUAUGGAAGCUAUUGUUACAACUCCACCUCAAGGAAAACCAAUCUUGUCAAAGAUUGAGGAACUUUUUGGUGAAAAUAAUAUUGACUUUAAUUGUACUGGUAGACCAGGAUACCCAGACGGAAACUUAGAGUUUGAAAUCAAAUUGUCAAAUGAAACAGAAUUCCGACCUUACCAGUUUUACAGUGCCAAAAUUACAAAUGAAGACAAAAACUGUUAUCGAACUCAAACAGUUAAUGCCACGUAUCUAUUUACAAUGGAAUGGAAUCAGGCCAAAAUUCGUUGCUUAAGUGGCGAAAAAUAUGAUGAAACAAAUGUAUACCUCAUACCACCCACGAUAUGUGAGAGAGUACCUGUUAAUAGGAGUGUUCGACACCCUUAUGAUAAACAUAAAUACAUCACGUGCACACGUGAGGCUCCACAAGCUCGAUUCUGUCCUGGAACUACGUGUUUUGAAGAACGUGCACAACAAUGUACAUUUACUUGUAAUGGAUAACCUUUUUUAGAACUUAGCUAUUUACUGUAAUUUAUUUUGUUUUUAUUAACAUUUUGUUGUUUUAU